UUCUAUAAGUUUGAUGCCUUUAUGGAUUAUGUCUUCUAGAUGAUUCAGUUUGGUUCUUGGGUUAGGACCAACUGAACUCGGACCAGUUCUGCCAACUUUGCACGAGAAAAAGUACCUAAUUCUGACAAGAAAGUUAUAGACUUUACAUAUUGUUACCCAUCCUUCAUUGCAAUGUUUAAAAUUUUAAGUCUUUGUUGUAAUUACUGUAUCAUGCCCAUUUUUCUGGUUGCAAUUAAAAAUGUUGGAAAUAAGAACUCCCAAACAAGGAAGAGCCAAACGAGAGAUAGAGAAACGUGCCCCUAAACUUGUUGAAAAUGGGAAGAAGACCCUAAUACUUCAUGGCACAAAGACCAGCAAUACCUUAUAUGCUGUAUUAACCGAAAUCUAUCACCUUAAAAAGGAUAAUUCUGUUAAAUAUUCUAGGAGGAAUGAUAACAUCAGGCCAUUUGAGAGCAGUGGUGAAACUUCUUUAGAGUUUUUCUCUCUCAAAACUGAUUGCAGUCUUUUUGUGUAUGGUUCUCACUCAAAGAAGCGGCCUGACAAUCUUGUUAUAGGGCGAACUUAUGAUCACCAUAUUUAUGAUCUUGUAGAGGUAGGGGUUGAAAAUUUCAAAAGCAUGGAGUCGUUCUCGUAUGAUAAGAAAUGGGCUCCCCAGAUUGGUUCAAAACCAUUCUUUGCUUUUAUUGGUGAAGGAUUUGAGAGUGUAGAAGAGCUGAAACAUUUGAAGGAAGUGUUGCUUGAUUUGUUCCGAGGAGUGGUUGUAUCAAAUUUAAACCUUGCUGGGUUAGACCGUGUUUAUGUGUGUACCGCUGUCUCUUCAAAUAAGGUGUUCUUUACUCAUUGUGGUACCAUAGUCCCAAGGAUGGAGCUUGUCGAAGUUGGCCCGUCCAUGGAUUUGGUAGUUCGGCGGCAUCGUCUUCCUGAUGACAACUUAAGGAAAGAAGCUAUGAAAGCAGCUCCUAUACUGGCUAAAAAGGAGAAAAAUGUUAGCCGAGACGCAAUACAGGGAAAAAUUGGGAAGAUAUAUAUUCCAGACCAACAGGUAAGAAUGAAGAUAGUUUUAUUUGGCAUUGGUGAUACAGCACUGCCUAACAAAUCGAAGGGGCUAAUGAGGGAGCGUCGUGAAGCUAAGAUAAAAGGUGACCGAAACAAGAAUGUUGUGAAGAAGCAGAAGCAGAAGCAAGAUUCGUGACAAUCCUGUUUGACUCUUGAUCGACUGUAGACGCUGUUGUUGGGGCAAUGCAAUUUUGGUCGGAAUUGAAUGUGGUUUAGCAGAUGUCCUGAUAGGUUUCUUUACUUCUAUUUGUAUGCUUCACUUCCUUUUGUAAUCAAUUAUGGUUGGGUAUGUAUCGAAUUAGCACAUCACUGCAGUCAAUUUUAUCAGAAUUUUGAUAUGGAUAAUCAGAUCUUUUAGAGAGUAAUGU